AUGAUACGUGAUCCAUCCGAAUUAGUUCACGGUAAAUCAGUCGAUAUAGAAAAGCCUCGAUAUGAUCAGUCCACAUACAUUGGCAGAGCCAAACACUUUUUUAUUACAACUAAUCCUUUGAACGCAUUCAAAACAUCUACUGAAUUAGAAGAAGCAAGGACCAUCGUUCAUAAUUAUAGGAUAGGGAUUAUUCAACCUGGUUUAACUGUAGAAAAGCUUUGGCAAGCAAAAAAUGUGUACGAUUCAGCGUUCCAUCCAGACACAGGAGAAAAAAUGAUACUCAUUGGACGCAUGUCAUUUCAAGUUCCUGGGAAUAUGUUUAUAACGGGUUGUUUGCUACAGUUUUACAAGUCUACACCGGCUGUCAUAUUUUGGCAAUGGUUUAACCAAACAUUCAAUGCCGUUGUAAAUUAUACUAAUCGUAGUGGUGACGCACCUAUUUCAUUAACACGUCUUGGGAUAUCAUAUGUUUUGGCUACUGGUGGAGCAUUAGGCACUGCAUUAACUAUCAAUAAACAAGUUCAAAAAUUCCCUCCUAUAAUUGGUCGAUUUGUACCAUUUAUUGCAGUCUCUGCAGCUAAUUGUAUUAAUAUUCCAUGUAUGAGAAGUGCAGAACUAACUGAAGGUACACCUAUAUUGGAUGAAAAUGGUGAGAAAUUGGGUAAAUCAACUGUUGUAGGACGUAGAGCUGUUAGUCAAGUGGUUUUAUCACGAAUAUUAAUGGCUUCCCCUGGAAUGACAAUUUUGCCUUUUGUGAUGCAGUCAUUAGAAAAACAAAAAUUGCUUAUUCGUUAUCCUUGGCUGGGAGCUCCAAUACAAAUUAGCUUAGUCGGUUUAAUGUUAUCACUUGUAACACCUUUAUGCUGUGCUGUAUUCCCACAAAUCAGUUCAAUUCCAUUCCAUAAACUUGAACCUGAUGUUCAAGCACAUAUUAAAGAAAUUCGAUCUGAUCGGUUACCUUCAGUUGUUUAUUAUAAUAAAGGUUUAUAAUUUGUUUUAAAUAAACAAAAACAAAAUAAAUGAAUGUUCGAAUUAAAUUCUAUAUCUGUAAGAAGAAAAUUAAUUUUAUAUGAAUGUAUUCCAUUUAUUCACAAUUGCAUUUUAGUUAUCAUUCUAAUAUUAUUUUUGUCAAAUGAUUUGUUAGAUUUGAAAUAGUCUAUUUAGAUGCAAUGUAUUUAAUAUACUUUUCUGGUGUAGAACAAUUGAUUUCAUUCAUUUAAACAAGAUUUUUACUUCUCUAACUAUUUAGUAAGUGUUCGAAGUAAUUGAAUAUACUGAGGAAUUGUUUUAUUCUUCUAAAGGUAUGACGUUUUUAAUUAUUUGAAUCACCAGGUUUCCCGGUGCUCUUCUAAUAGUUAUUGAUAUUAUCAUGUAGUCUGAUACAAUCCCGAUUGUUGCUGCUACCUUGACGUCGUGAUCGGGCUUCCUUAUCGUAAUGAACCAAUCGAGUUAUACUGACUGGAAUAAUCGUUCCUCAAGGUCUUACUAUGCCAGGCAGGUCGGUUGAGGAGUGGUAAAAUUAAAAGCUCCAAACCCAAGGACCGAAGGAGAAGUCAUACUGCUGAUUGUAUAGGGAUGUGAGAGCAGUAAGGUGUUUCCCUCAGACAGACAGCAUAACAGCGAUGCUGUCUUCCCACAAAGAAGGGAUGGGGUUAGAAAAUGUCGACCCUAAAAGUGCACACCUCGCCUUAUCCCACGGAUUUUCGUCUCCAGCGGCUAGGUUUCAACAAACACGGAGUUAACACAAAAAAAUUGUGUGUGAUCUGCCACAAGCAGUUGUUCUUUAGGCACUGCAGUCACGCUCUCAGGUCACUAAAACCAACUCUAACCCAAUUUUCUUUUCAGGUACCUCCAGAAGAACCCCUCCAUGGUGUGGGCAACCGGAAAGUGAUAACCGCCUUCAUACCUUUAACAGCCCUCAAAAUCACUGUAUUCAUAUUCGAUUCCCCCCUUUGGUACAAUAAUAAAUACAUAUUUUUCUGAACAGUAGUGGUCGACAACAAAUAAGUGUUCAACUCUCGUAUUUUAUCAAGGCAUAGAAAUGUCACACCGUAGCACUUUAUCUGUAACAGAAAACAGUUAUUACUGAACUUAAAUGCAACUUGUUAAGUGUAUUUCUAACUAGCUUAAAAUUAACUUCGAAAGAUCCUAUGGUUUAAGCAGAUUGAUAUCAUAGCAAAAUAAACUAUUCAUCAUUAUUGGUGCUCAAGUCGCGAAGCAAUGGGAAUCAAAUUCUGAACUUGAGCAAUUUCUAUACCAUAGCUCAUUAGCCUGAUUAGGUCACUUCCUGUCAGGUGUCACGUCCUGUACUUAUGUAAUUUUUGUAACACCUUCAUUAGUAUUACAAAGAAGAACAGAAAUCGUGGCGUCCUGGUUGUUCUUCAGUAAUGACUGUAUGUGAAACCAUAUAUAGUUUUCUAGACCUGUUUAUAAUCCACCAAUCAAUUUGACUAGGUCUCAAUAUGUUGGCGUUCUGACUGAUAACUUGUAGGACCCAAUUCAAACAUCAGUUUGCCUAGUUAUGAUAACUGUCAAGUGUUUUAUAAAUAUCAGCUGUUAUCAACAGUCAGUGAGGCUGCGUACUGUAUAGUUAGUUUUCUGAUGUUGUGUUUUUCCUUCUCAUAUACAAUGUGUGUUCAUUCAUUUCAUCAACCUAGUUCGAUCUACCUAGUAUUACAAAAUUCAAUGACAAGCAAGUUUAAGCAUUACAAUCAAUCCACAUCAGGAUCCUAAAACUCUAUCUUCUGGUAAUGUUAUUCGUGGUGCUGACAUAAAUUGCUGUUGUCUUGUAAAAUUUGUUGAAGUUCUUUUUGACAAUGGUAAGACAUCAUAAGAAACGCUCAUAAUGCAGUCGUGUCAGCACAAAGACAGCAUUUAUUCGGUACUCAGUAUUUUUCUAAAUUGCUGUCAAGUUUUAUGCUUGGGAAUCACACUCGUCUAAUCAUUAUAAACUUUCAGGCGCUUAAGAUUACCCAGAUAAAUAAAUGCCUACGAAAGAUUUUCCUUCUGGCUACGAUUUCCCAGACUCCCACAUCUUGGAUAACCGACCUCAUCCUGUACAGAUAAAAAUAUUGAUUUCCACUACUAAGUUGAUAUUUCCGACUGGUAGGUCGAAAGUUUGUAUUCAACAGAAGCUGACAUUGAUACACAAGUAUUGAAAAUUCUUCUGAGAUGAGAAUACAAACACAAAUAAAAUUUUCAUUGUUUUCCAUGUAAACUCCUUGGAUGCUACUGACACUAUAGAGUAUCGAACUUGGCACGAUUAGUUGGUGGGGGAAAUAUUGUAGCCAAAGACAGUCAGGCUUUAUCACUGUUGACUCUAGUAAUGGGAUAUUUGAAAUAAAUUAUAGAUCUUAUUUAAAGUCGUAAAUAUUCUUCUGACUAAUCGCAUGAACACAACGUAGAAUCAAAUGGUCGGACGUGAAGAUGCUUUUGAUUACGCAUAUUUCAAGCAUACAUGUAGUGGCAUUAAACAAUAACCGCACAAUCCACAAAGCUGAACACGAGACUACCCAGAAAAUAGAUAUUCAAUAUUUAACGCGGAUAAAUACCUAACGAUGGAGAAGGCGCGAAGAUUGAAUUGAAUUGACUGGAGUUGAUCGAGUGGCAUGGCUCGGCCAUGCAGGCGUGGUCUCUGCUGAAUGUUACCUUAUAUCUUCUAUUCAUAUUAAAUAUAUUGUUCCUUCUCUAGCCUAACCUUGUUCUACAUCAUAUAUUGGUAAUUGGUACGAUACAGUGAGUUGGUGUAGUCGAUGGUGUGACUUCCACGGUUAGGUCUAUUAUUACAGCAGUACUAAUAUCAUAGUAGACCAUAAUUCCACAUUGGUGAGCCCAAAUAAAGAAACGCAACCUAUUAUUGUUAAUCCUUAUUUCCACCCUAACCUCAAUCGGUUUUUAUUUCUGUAAACCCAGUAUUCUAAUAGUCCUUUGAUUAAUGGUCAUAUAUAUUAUCGUAAUGUUAUAUCUAUUAGUUCACAUAACUUACUAGCUCAAUCGAUAAUGAAAGUUGAUCAUCUAUAUCAACUAAUUAGCUUUGAUGGUUCGUUAACAAGCUUUAAUAGCAUAUACAUGCUUCAGCGACAUAGACUUGUUUAAACAUCAAGCUCUUGCAAAUAUAACCUGUAAAUAGAGUAAAUAUACAUUGACUAGCAAUGCAAUCAAGGACUAAAUAGCUAUCUGGAUCUAAUUCUCAGUGUUCCUUCACUUAAUACCUCAACCUGUUUCAAACUAAGCACUGUCCUGUAAUAUCUUUUCUCCCGACCACUGCCUGCCUAAUUUCAUAUAUUCGAGUUCCAUAGCCAAACAACAAGGAUGACACUUCUCCAAAAUAAAAAAUACGGUGAGUUCCAGCUAUAAGUUUUCUGCAAUCAUAAGUUCAUUUUAGAUGGCACACACAAUUAUCUGGAUUCAUUCAGUUCUGAUCAGAGCGAGUCCCAAAGACCUCAACAGCAUCAAGCACCCUGGAAGUGAUUGGCAUACUGUAUGUUUUAUUCUAGAUGCUUUUGGAUCAUUACUACUCCUCACGAAUGGCGUUAUAUAUGUCGUCCACUGAAUAAUCUAAUUUUCAAAAAUAAUCCAGGCGAGUUCAACUAUUUUACUGGAUGAUUUUUUUUUUACUUAACAUGUAUAUAUUUUCCAGUUGCUUUUGCCACAUAUUUGUAAGUGUCCCUAGGCUAAAUGCAGUAACUUCUUAUGUAAUGUUUAUAACGCGCCAUAUUCCUGCCUGAAGUUUCAUAAGCAGUCUUGACUUUAAAAUUAUUUUUCUGGUCAUGUUCAUUAUUUUUAAAUUUUUAUAUACGUCAACAACCUGCAUGUUAACCUGGCCUGUACAUACGUUACACUAUAUCUUCAUGUCUUCUAAAUUUAGAAAUCAUCUGGAUCGCCCUUAACAUUUAUUAAUAAACCCAUCAUAGUCGUUGUUGCUAAUCGUAUUUGGGUUUAUGGAUUGGUUUAUCAUAUUAGCAGCCUAAAAUGCGAACAUAGUUUAGAUAAUAAGAUUAAAAAUUUAGAUACUAUUAACUGCACUAGUAAAAUAACUAAAUCCCCAGGUAGCUGUUGGUUAAACAAACGUUUAAAAUCAAAACUCCUUAGCCUACUAGAAUUAACACUAAACGAAUCUUUCUGAAUUAAAAUUUAUAAUUAAAUUAGGCGUCUCGGAUUCUUUUACGUUACAAAUUUCUGAUAAUUUCGAAUCACCUAAAGCAACAAUACCUAUUUUUCCACUGACUAAUCCUCAUUCAACACUAUAACUAGUUAAACAUAAUAGUUUCAGGAUAUCGUCAUAAAGCAUUGCCAUAACUUGACAAUCACGUAAUAUGAUUGAUAAAAUUAAUGAAACUAUUAACAAAAUCGGUCAGCAAAUUGACUUACAAUUAUCACUAGUGUUGUUUUUCUUUUAUCUUCAUUCACUACAGAUGAUUACAGUAUGUUUCUCUAUCGGUUGCUCAUUAAGUAAAUAUCUCAAAACCUUGUCAGUUUUAUUGAUGGUUUAGCGACACAAUCAUGCAUGCAAAUAAUCAGUAUAAGCAGUCGAGCAAAUCUCCUGCAAACUGAAAACAUCAAUGUCGAAUUUACCCCAACACUGACUAAGGUUCAAGCCAUUAUCAUAGACAUGAGUUGGAAGUGUACUCCCCUUGGUUACAACUUAUGUACUCCCUGAUAAUCACAUGAGCAUCAAUCACUAUUACUCAUCUUGUAAAAACUUAUUUAGCUAAAUACAUCUUGCAACACCACAUCACUUAGUAAUAUGACACAUAGGCUUAACUGAUUUCAAUAACUUAUAACCACUACAUCUCAGUUAAAUCGUGUUCCGCCUUAUAAUAAACUGCAUACUUGCAACUAACUUGUAUGCCAAUCAGCCGGCAAGUAUAAAUACAAAUAAAUAGUCUGCCACAGAUCAGAACAUUGAGUCUAGAGCAUGUCUCUUACGAAUACACUCAUGUUUAACGAUUUUUCCUAGCUAUCUGUCCAAAAUUCAUAUAAUCAUCACUCACGUAUUUAAAUUUUAUUUUGAUAACCAUUCAUGUGUAUUAGUAGUAUUACUAAAUUCUAUCACGGUCAAGUAAAAAUGAGGUUGAGAAAAUCUCCCCGUAACUAAAUAAACCGUAUCAAACUAACUGGAACACUAGUUGGAAUUCUUUUCCAUGGUAAUACUUUUGUUCUUCCAGUUAGCCUACUAAUACAGAUGCAAUUGGAAUUCAACUCAUAUGGACAACUUACCGGCAUAAUCGUUAUCUGAUUUCAUAAUUUAAACCAAAACUAAUAACAAUAUUAACAUUUCUACAAUAUUUAUUACUUUAAUAUUUCUAAACACAAAAUACUUACUACCUACACGUCAAGUUAUUAACAAACGGCUAUUAACACGCAUUGUUUUAUUAUUAUUAUUACUGUAAUUCCAUUUUUUUAUAGCUCAAAUAAUCUUCACCCAAAUUGUCAUUUUAAGCGUGUCAAGCAUGAAGGCAGAUUUUUUUUAAAAAUUAUUACAUGUAUUUCCCGACCAGAUGCUGCCGCUUUCUUUUUGAUUUAUCUUUCAGCUUAUCAUUACCCGGGGGAUUCUUCCUAGUCUUGGUAACCUUCAGCGCACGACGAUCCCAUCCAAUUUGGUAUCGAACCAACAUCACGUUGAUUCUGGUGGGAGAGUAGUGUAGUGGCAUUAAACAAUAACCGCACAAUCCACAAAGCUGAACACGAGACUACCCAGAAAAUAGAUAUUCAAUAUUUAACGCGGAUAAAUACCUAACGAUGGAGAAGGCGCGAAGAUUGAAUUGAAUUGACUGGAGUUGAUCGAGUGGCAUGGCUCGGCCAUGCAGGCGUGGUCUCUGCUGAAUGUUACCUUAUAUCUUCUAUUCAUAUUAAAUAUAUUGUUCCUUCUCUAGCCUAACCUUGUUCUACAUCAUAUAUUGGUAAUUGGUACGAUACAGUGAGUUGGUGUAGUCGAUGGUGUGACUUCCACGGUUAGGUCUAUUAUUACAGCAGUACUAAUAUCAUAGUAGACCAUAAUUCCACAUUGGUGAGCCCAAAUAAAGAAACGCAACCUAUUAUUGUUAAUCCUUAUUUCCACCCUAACCUCAAUCGGUUUUUAUUUCUGUAAACCCAGUAUUCUAAUAGUCCUUUGAUUAAUGGUCAUAUAUAUUAUCGUAAUGUUAUAUCUAUUAGUUCACAUAACUUACUAGCUCAAUCGAUAAUGAAAGUUGAUCAUCUAUAUCAACUAAUUAGCUUUGAUGGUUCGUUAACAAGCUUUAAUAGCAUAUACAUGCUUCAGCGACAUAGACUUGUUUAAACAUCAAGCUCUUGCAAAUAUAACCUGUAAAUAGAGUAAAUAUACAUUGACUAGCAAUGCAAUCAAGGACUAAAUAGCUAUCUGGAUCUAAUUCUCAGUGUUCCUUCACUUAAUACCUCAACCUGUUUCAAACUAAGCACUGUCCUGUAAUAUCUUUUCUCCCGACCACUGCCUGCCUAAUUUCAUAUAUUCGAGUUCCAUAGCCAAACAACAAGGAUGACACUUCUCCAAAAUAAAAAAUACGGUGAGUUCCAGCUAUAAGUUUUCUGCAAUCAUAAGUUCAUUUUAGAUGGCACACACAAUUAUCUGGAUUCAUUCAGUUCUGAUCAGAGCGAGUCCCAAAGACCUCAACAGCAUCAAGCACCCUGGAAGUGAUUGGCAUACUGUAUGUUUUAUUCUAGAUGCUUUUGGAUCAUUACUACUCACGAAUGGCGUUAUAUAUGUCGUCCACUGAAUAAUCUAAUUUUCAAAAUAAUCCAGGCGAGUUCAACUAUUUUACUGGAUGAUUUUUUUUUACUUAACAUGUAUAUAUUUUCCAGUUGCUUUUGCCACAUAUUUGUAAGUGUCCCUAGGCUAAAUGCAGUAACUUCUUAUGUAAUGUUUAUAACGCGCCAUAUUCCUGCCUGAAGUUUCAUAAGCAGUCUUAACUUUAAAAUUAUUUUUCUGGUCAUGUUCAUUAUUUUUAAAUUUUUAUAUACGUCAACAACCUGCAUGUUAACCUGGCCUGUACAUACGUUACACUAUAUCUUCAUGUCUUCUAAAUUUAGAAAUCAUCUGGAUCGCCCUUAACAUUUAUUAAUAAACCCAUCAUAGUCGUUGUUGCUAAUCGUAUUUGGGUUUAUGGAUUGGUUUAUCAUAUUAGCAGCCUAAAAUGCGAACAUAGUUUAGAUAAUAAGAUUAAAAAUUUAGGUACUAUUAACUGCACUAGUAAAAUAACUAAAUCCCCAGGUAGCUGUUGGUUAAACAAACGUUUAAAAUCAAAACUCCUUAGCCUACUAGAAUUAACACUAAACGAAUCUUUCUGAAUUAAAAUUUAUAAUUAAAUUAGGCGUCUCGGAUUCUUUUACGUUACAAAUUUCUGAUAAUUUCGAAUCACCUAAAGCAACAAUACCUAUUUUUCCACUGACUAAUCCUCAUUCAACACUAUAACUAGUUAAACAUAAUAGUUUCAGGAUAUCGUCAUAAAGCAUUGCCAUAACUUGACAAUCACGUAAUAUGAUUGAUAAAAUUAAUGAAACUAUUAACAAAAUCGGUCAGCAAAUUGACUUACAAUUAUCACUAGUGUUGUUUUUCUUUUAUCUUCAUUCACUACAGAUGAUUACAGUAUGUUUCUCUAUCGGUUGCUCAUUAAGUAAAUAUCUCAAAACCUUGUCAGUUUUAUUGAUGGUUUAGCGACACAAUCAUGCAUGCAAAUAAUCAGUAUAAGCAGUCGAGCAAAUCUCCUGCAAACUGAAAACAUCAAUGUCGAAUUUACCCCAACACUGACUAAGGUUCAAGCCAUUAUCAUAGACAUGAGUUGGAAGUGUACUCCCCUUGGUUACAACUUAUGUACUCCCUGAUAAUCACAUGAGCAUCAAUCACUAUUACUCAUCUUGUAAAAACUUAUUUAGCUAAAUACAUCUUGCAACACCACAUCACUUAGUAAUAUGACACAUAGGCUUAACUGAUUUCAAUAACUUAUAACCACUACAUCUCAGUUAAAUCGUGUUCCGCCUUAUAAUAAACUGCAUACUUGCAACUAACUUGUAUGCCAAUCAGCCGGCAAGUAUAAAUACAAAUAAAUAGUCUGCCACAGAUCAGAACAUUGAGUCUAGAGCAUGUCUCUUACGAAUACACUCAUGUUUAACGAUUUUUCCUAGCUAUCUGUCCAAAAUUCAUAUAAUCAUCACUCACGUAUUUAAAUUUUAUUUUGAUAACCAUUCAUGUGUAUUAGUAGUAUUACUAAAUUCUAUCACGGUCAAGUAAAAAUGAGGUUGAGAAAAUCUCCCCGUAACUAAAUAAACCGUAUCAAACUAACUGGAACACUAGUUGGAAUUCUUUUCCAUGGUAAUACUUUUGUUCUUCCAGUUAGCCUACUAAUACAGAUGCAAUUGGAAUUCAACUCAUAUGGACAACUUACCGGCAUAAUCGUUAUCUGAUUUCAUAAUUUAAACCAAAACUAAUAACAAUAUUAACAUUUCUACAAUAUUUAUUACUUUAAUAUUUCUAAACACAAAAUACUUACUACCUACACGUCAAGUUAUUAACAAACGGCUAUUAACACGCAUUGUUUUAUUAUUAUUAUUACUGUAAUUCCAUUUUUUUAUAGCUCAAAUAAUCUUCACCCAAAUUGUCAUUUUAAGCGUGUCAAGCAUGAAGGCAGAUUUUUUUUAAAAAUUAUUACAUGUAUUUCCCGACCAGAUGCUGCCGCUUUCUUUUUGAUUUAUCUUUCAGCUUAUCAUUACCCGGGGGAUUCUUCCUAGUCUUGGUAACCUUCAGCGCACGACGAUCCCAUCCAAUUUGGUAUCGAACCAACAUCACGUUGAUUCUGGUGGGAGAGUAGUGUAGUGGCAUUAAACAAUAACCGCACAAUCCACAAAGCUGAACACGAGACUACCCAGAAAAUAGAUAUUCAAUAUUUAACGCGGAUAAAUACCUAACGAUGGAGAAGGCGCGAAGAUUGAAUUGAAUUGACUGGAGUUGAUCGAGUGGCAUGGCUCGGCCAUGCAGGCGUGGUCUCUGCUGAAUGUUACCUUAUAUCUUCUAUUCAUAUUAAAUAUAUUGUUCCUUCUCU